AUUAAGAUAAUUAGGGGUAUUUUCUCAAAAAAAAAAGUUAAUUAGGAGUAGGUUUGCCGAUGAUGGCCCACCAAUUGGUAGAAAUGCCAAAUUUUGUUUUCAAGAGCAUCAAUUUUCAUCAAAUUUCGGGUCAUUUUCUGGGAUCCUCUCUGUUCAGUUAGUUAAAGAUUCAAUUUUGGCAGCAUUGAAUUCUUGUGAUUCUUUUUCUGCAUAUUUAGUUCAAGAACCUGUUUUAUUUGCAUUCUCUCUCUGUCUCUCUCAUGGCGUCUCUGCUCAAUCUCACCCCAUCACCCCUGCUCUCCACUUCAAACCCAUGUUCAUUCCCAGCCAAGACUCCAACUUUGCAUCCAAUCCCUUACACCCAUCUCAGAAAAAAUCCCCAAACAGCUCAAAGCAGCAAGUUCGACAGCUUUCUUGAUUUGGAACCCAAAUCAAAACCGGAGUCUUUGAAUUUCGACAUCCCCUGGUUCAACCAGGCCGACCGCUCCCGGUUCGACGUCAUCGUCAUCGGCGCCGGCCCGGCCGGUCUGCGGCUGGCCGAGCAAGUGGCCCGACGCGGCAUCAAGGUAUGCUGCCUCGACCCUUCCCCCCUUACCAUGUGGCCCAACAACUACGGCGUGUGGGUUGAUGAGUUUGAGAGCUUGGGAUUAGAGGAUUGUUUGGAUGCUAAAUGGCCCAUGACUUGUGUUCAUAUAGAUGAUCGAAAAACCAAGUAUUUGGACCGUGCUUAUGGUAGAGUCAAUAGGAAAGACUUGAAAUUGAAAUUGUUAUCUGAUUGUGCAACACAUGGUGUGAAAUUUUAUAAAGCUAAGGUUUGGAAGGUGAAUCAUGAGGAGUUUGAGUCCUCAAUUUCUUGUGAUGAUGGCAUUGAAUUGAGGGCUAGUUUGAUUGUUGAUGCUAGUGGCUUUGCUAGUGCUUUCACCGAGUAUGACAAGCCGAGGAAUCCAGGCUUUCAGAUUGCUCAUGGCAUUCUUGCUGAGGUUGAUGAGCAUCCCUUCGAUUUGGACAAGAUGGUGUUGAUGGAUUGGAGGGACUCUCAUCUUGGAAACGAGCCAUAUCUACGUGCUAGCAAUGAAAGAUUCCCGACCUUCUUGUAUGCGAUGCCCUUUGAUUCGAACCUGGUGUUUCUUGAGGAGACGUCGCUGGUGAGCAGACCGGUGCUGUCUUAUGCAGAGGUGAAGAGGAGGAUGGUGGCGAGGCUGAGGCAGCUGGGGAUCAGGGUGAGAGCCGUGGUUGAGGAUGAGAAGUGCUUGAUCCCGAUGGGGGGGCCCCUCCCGCGGAUCCCCCAGAGUGUGAUGGCGAUUGGGGGGAAUUCAGGGAUCGUGCACCCUGCUACUGGCUACACGGUGGCUCAGACAAUGGCGCUCGCCCCUGUGCUUGCGAGGGCCAUUGCUGAGUGCCUUGGCUCGACCAGGAUGAUCCGGGGGGCUCCCCUUUAUCAGAGGGCUUGGGAUGGGUUGUGGCCUGUGGAGAGGAGGUGUGUGAGGGAGUACUACAAUUUUGGCAUGGAGACGUUGUUGAAGCUCGAUUUAAACGGGACGAGGAGGUUCUUUGAUGCCUUCUUUGAGCUUGAUCCUCACUACUGGCAUGGCUUCCUUUCCUCAAGACUCUCUCUUGGUGAGCUUGUUUUGCUGGGGUUGUCCCUCUUUAGGCAUGCUUCAAAUCCUACUAAGUUGGAUAUGGUUACAAAAUGCCCUGUGCCCAUGGCUAAAAUGGUGGGGAGAUUGGCCCUUGAAGCCAUUUGAUGUGAAAUAAUUGUAGUUUUUUUCUUUAUGAAUUUAUACAAAUGGUUCUUGAUUAUCUGUGGUGAUAUAAGAUUUUUUUUGUUCUGUGAAA